AUGAGUUUCUUGAAAGAACUAAAAAGGCAAAAAGACAAACUUAAAGAAACAGAAACUGUUGUAACACGUGCAGAUGGAGUGAAAUUCGUAGAAGGAACUGGAACAUUUCUCGAACCAAACGCUUACGGCUUUAUCGUAGACACUAAACCUGAUGAUGUGCCGGUUUUAAUCAGAGAUCAUAUAUAUAUAGGCUCGCAAGAUUGUGCAGUUGAUAGUGUUUUGGAAAAGUUCAAUAUAAGUUGUGUUGUUAGUUUAGGCAUAGAUGUUGAUUUAUCUAAUGUAGAACACAAGUUUGUACCAGUUUUGGAUUUGCCAGAAUCUGAUUUGACACUCGUUUUGGCUGAUUGCCUGCCCUUUAUUAGAAAUUGUGUGGAUAAAAAGUUAAAUGUUUUGGUACAUUGCAAUGCGGGAGUGUCCCGUACAUCAAUGGUCGCGAUUGCAUACUUAAUGCAAUAUGAAAGAAUGGACUUCAGUGAAGCGUACGAUUUGGUUAAGAGUAAAAGGCCGGUAAUACAGCCAAAUGCUGGAUUUAGGAAACAAUUACAAUGUUUACAGCCUGGAAAUGUGUUAAAAAGUAUGUCAAUCGAAAAAUAAAAUACUUGUCAAAGUUUAUAAUUAGUAUUA